AUGGCUACAUUCGCUACUGAUAAAGACCUUAAUGCUGUUACUUCACAAGAUGUUCAUCUGGGUGUAAAUAGCUUUUCUGCUAUUGCUUGCGUUGAAGACCGAGAUGUAACUUUAGCAACAGCUACAACCGAGAUUUUUGGACGCUUUCAGUUUUUGAAGACGCUUUUACAUCCUAAUAUUUGUGAAUAUGUAGAAAUAGUUAAAGGAAAACAUGGAGACUUUAUGACCCGUGAAUGGGCAUUUCAGAUCCUGAAAGCGUUAGCAUAUUUAAAUAAAAACAAUAUUACGCAUCAUAAUUUGGCUCCGAAUAAUAUCUUACUUGAUUCUCAGGGUAGAGCGAAAUUAGCAGACUAUGGACUAUAUUUUAUGACUAAAGGUGGUGCCAAUGUUGACUUCCCAAUUGGCUAUCCUCAUUAUAUUCCACCGGAAGCAAUCUAUCGCUCAGGCGACAUGGCUGAAACUACCGGAAAGCUUGGGAUAAGUGAGGAAAUAUUGGAUUUUCUUCAGGGAAAUGAUGGUGACGAGAAUGUGGAUUUUCGAAGGCUCGUCAGAGCGUGUUUGGAAGUAAAUCCUUCUAAUAGAUGUUCACCAGAACAAUUAUUAUCACAUCCGUAUUUUUCAUCAAUAUAUGAGAAUAAGAAUGGUAUUAAUGAGAACUAUAGAUAUUGGUGGAUAAAACCGUUCUUACAAUCACAAAGGUUAAAAGUGGGAGACGAUUUUUUGGAGCAUCUGGAUGAGCCACACAAUAAAGAUGUUCUUGAUGGAAUGCCGUUAUCACAGAUUUAUUAUUUUUGGAAACUAGCAGGGGGUGAUGUAGAAUCGGAAUUAGCUAAAAGAGGCUAUAUGUCAAGUACACCGCCAAUAGAAAGGAUUCCUAGGACCGUAAAGGUACUGGAUGGGAAGGAAGAAGGUACGACAAAAGACACAGCCUUCUUGUAUUCUGAUACUGUAUACAGUUUACCACUUAAGGAACUUCGACAGAGAUUAAGAUCAGCUGCUGGACCCAACAAGGAAACAUUUGAAUGGGAUUCAGAUUAUUUCCUCGUUGUAGAUGAAAAUGACAUGAAUUUUCUUGUUGAAGAAAUGUUGGAUGAUGAAAAUUUAGGUCCUAAAGAUGAAUUACUUGAGGAAAUACUUGGGAAAUAUCUCUAUCCAGAUCCCAACAAUAAUAAACCAACAUCAUCAUCAGCAAAUGGUCAAAGCCCACCAUCAUCAAAUAAUGUUAAGUCACCAUUACUUGCACGGGAAAAAGACGUUGUAUAUCAGUUCCAAAGGGUAGCCCUUUUUAGUGAAUUACUUAGACAAUAUCCAGCAUCCCGUGACGAAAUAAUUCAUCAAGCUAAAGUAGAUAUACCACCCUUUUUGCGCGGAAAAAUUUGGGCUGCUAUAUUGGGUAUUAAUGGAGAUUAUCAAGCUAUAUAUGAUGCUUAUGAUAAAGAAACAGAAAAAGAGAAUCAAACCGAUCGUCAGAUUGAUGUCGACGUUCCAAGAUGUCACCAAUAUCAUCAACUACUUUCUUCCCCUGUUGGGCAUGAUAAACUGAGAAGACUUUUGAAAUGUUUUGUAGCUGCAAAUAAACAAAAUUUGGUUUAUUGGCAAGGACUUGAUUCUCUAUGCGCACCUUUCUUAACUCUCAAUUUUAAUGAUGAAGCUCUGGCAUUCAGUUGCUAUCAUGCGUUUAUUCCUAAAUUUAUGAAAGAUUUUUUUAUAUCUGAUAACUCAUCUGUUAUCCGAGAAUAUCUUGCGGUCUUUAGCCAUCUUCUGUCAUUCCAUGAUCCGGAACUAUCUAGACACCUCAACAAGAUUGGAUAUAAACCCGAUUUAUAUGCUGUCCCAUGGUUUUUAACAUUGUUCACACAUGUGUUUCCACUCGAUAAGACCUAUCAUUUAUGGGAUAAAGUUAUUGUUGGACCACCAUCAUUACCAUUAUUCACUGGUGUUUCGAUUAUAAGACAAUUUCGUGAUACACUCAUCAAAUCUGAGUUUAAUGAUUGUUUAAUGGUUGCCGAUUCAUUUCCAAAUGUUGAUAUUGAAAAGUGUGUUCAAUCAGCAUUAUCAAUGUAUAAAGUUACACCUCCUUCAGUGAUAUAUCGUGUACACGAGUCGGAUGCGGAAACUCAUGAAAAUCAACAUGAUCAACGCUGGUGGGAACAGCCUACACCUAUCGAAGUAAAAGAAGCCGAAUUGGCACCCAGAAUAUCACUUAAGGAUUUAGUUAAACUAAAAAAUUACGUUUUAGUAAUUGAUACGAGAACUGAACAGGAAUUUGGAAGAGGCCAUUUUCCAUUAUCAAUUAAUAUGAAUCCAGCACAUCUAGAACAAUUGUCACAGACAUUGUGGCAAGAAAAAAAGAAGUACCAUGUUGUAGUUGGAGAAAUUGGAAUACGUGGAGGAUCAGGGCCGCAGUUUGCUAGUGAUUUAGUCGAAGCAGGUUUUCCACGUGUUGCCGUAUUAAACGGCGGUAUAAACGUAAUGCGUGUGGAUGCAGUAGGAGUUGUCGUAUGCUCUUGUGCUUGCACGCCGAUAAAGCCACCAGGGGUUAAAAACAAAGAUGGAGCUGUUGUUUAUUGGAAAUGUUCACAAAACUUAAUGAAUUAA